AUGGCACCCUUCACACAGACUCUCGCGGCCGCCACGCUGGCCGGCCUGGCCAGCAUGGCCGCCGCCGUGCCGACAAGAAUCGGCGCCGCCUCCCUCGCGGGAGAAGACGGCACCGCCUCGUUGAUGCAGGUGCGCAACGAGAACUACAAGUUCAACGGUGCCGUCUCCAUCUACAAGACGUACCUCAAGUUCGGCAAGCCCAUCCCGGACUACCUGCAGGCUGCCGUCGACCGGACCGGACUGGUCAAGAAGCGCUCUCAGGGCAGCUCUGUGGCCACGCCCGUCGACAGCUAUGACGAUGCCUACACCAUUCCUGUCAGCAUCGGUACGCCGCCGCAGGUCCUGCAGCUCGACCUCGAUACCGGCUCGUCCGACAUGUGGGUCUUCAGCAGCGAGACUGACACGUCCGAGGUCAACGGCCAGACGCUCUACUACCCCAGCAAGAGCUCCACGGCCAAGCUCGAGGACGGCUCCAGCUGGAGCAUCAACUACGGCAGCGUGGAUGACCCGAGCUCCUCCAGCGGCAUCGUGUACUCUGACACCGUCACCAUUGCCGGCAUCACUGUGAAUCAGGACGUCGAGGUGGCACAGAAGGUGUCGUCCGCUUUCACAAACGACAGCGCUGUUGACGGCCUCCUUGGCCUGGGCUUUGACACCCUGAACUCGGUCUAUCCCGAUGCUGUGCCGACCUUUUUCGACAAUGCCAAGAGCUCGCUCAGCAAGCCGCUGUUCACGGCCGACCUUAAGCAUGAAGCCCCCGGAACCUACAACUUCGGCUAUAUUGACUCGUCUCUCUACACCGGUUCCAUCUCCUAUGUCAACGUCGACACCUACCCCGGCUACUGGAGAUUUACCUCGUCUGGCUACUCCAUUGGCUCGACCACCUUCAAGACCACCGCCCUUGUCGGCAUUGCUGACACCGGCACCACUCUGCUGUACCUGCCCCUCAGCAUUGUCGAGGCAUACUACGCCAAGGUCAGCGGAGCUGCUGAUAACAGCAACUACGGCGGCUACGUGUUCAGCUGCAGCGCCACUCUGCCUACCUUCACGUUCGGCGUCGGGUCCUUGAAGAUUACCAUUCCGGCCAAGUACAUGAACUAUGGCCCUGUCGAUACCGAAGGCACCACCUGCUUCGGUGGCCUGCAGGACAGCUCCGAUCUUGGUAUCAACAUUUUCGGCGACGUCGCUCUGAAGAGCGCAUUUGUCGUCUUCAAUGGCGCAACCGUACCGACAAUCGGAUGGGCAGCCAAGACGCUCAACUGA